AUGGGUUACAUUGGAAGUUUCUUUUGGAAGGGGUAUUUUCGCAAUGAAGAGGAUGCCCGGAAAAACGAUAUUUUCGACUUGAUCAAUACUUCGAUCACUCUCGCCUCUAUCGAGAACCCAAAUGAGUUUCGCUCGAGAAGAAUGCAGAUUAUUGAGUCCCUUUUCGAUUCGGAUUCACAAGCCCCAGCAAAACCCAAGAAAAGAUCAAACCAUAAUGCAAGACCCACAAGCAAGAAUCAAGAAAGGAUCGUCAUCCAUGGUUGCAAAGAUCAGGCAUGUCAGGACGAGAUAGCUGCAGAGGAAUGUUUCGAUGAAUUUGCUAAUCAACUUGAAAAGGAACUUGAUGACGAUGCUCAACCUGCGGAGGAAAGUUUGGAAGAAUUUGCUAAUCAACUUGAAAAGGAACUCGAUGACCAUGCUCAGCCAAUUGGACUUUGCAAUGUUCAUUUGCGAGACAAGAAACCAGACAAGAAAAGGAAGGCUGAGGUUCUGGACGUGAAGGAAAUUGUCCCACCGCCAAGGUUGUGUCGCGACGGCAAGCCCAAGCGAGGGUUCGGGAGGCUUGAUGUUGUAAGUCCAAGAAUCUCAUUCUCUUAUGAUCUAAGAGAAGCAGAUUUCGUGCCAGUAGAUUCCCACAACCCUCAAUCAGAUUUGGAUUUCAUUGAUUUUGAUUUCUCAAUUGGUGAUCAUUUCUCGUUAGAACUUUCAUCUGCUGAUGAACUCUUUGCUAAUGGCAAAAUCCUCCCCGUUGAAGUCAAGAAAUUCGAGCCCAGCAAAGAAAUUUAUCGAUCGAAGCCAACUGAGCCAAGUCCAUCUACAAGGACUCGUAGAUUUGUUCAAAAUACAAAUGAAGACACGAUUACAAAGAAGAAGACUCUCAUAGAAUUUUUAUCAAACACCUGUGAUGCAGAAGAGAAGCCACCCACAUAA